UUGUAAGGUUAAAUAUCAUCUGUCAUGAAUAGUAUUUUGAAUUUCGUGAUUUAUUACUUUAUGAUACAAUCCUGUUCGGUAAUAAGCAUGAACAGUUCAGAUGUGACAUUCAAAAUCGUUGGUGGUGCCCCGUGUCCAAUAAAAAUCUCAAAAUUCGCAGUUUCUCUUCAAAAAGAUGAUUUUAAAUUCUGCGGUGGAUCACUCAUUACAUUCAAAAUGGUUUUGACGGCAGCUCAUUGUGUAGUGGAUCUCCAAAAGUCCCCGGAAUUGAUUACUGUAGUUGCGGGAGCUCAAUUCCCUGCAAACCUUUACGUACAAAGGCGUAGAGGAAAACGAAUAAGCAUCCCCAGAGAAUACAACAAAUGGGAUAAUAUAAAAGAUGUUGGUACAAUUGAAGUCGAUGAAUCAUUUUGUCAGUCAGCAACUAUUGACCUCGUAAAACUACCUAGAUCUACGAUUACCGAUAUGGUGAGAAAAUGCCCUGAAGCUAUUGUUAUGGGAUGGGGUCGCCAAGAGCUAUAUAACCCAACGGACUCGAAGACAAAAUAUGAACAAAAUCCAAGGGAUCCAAACUUGCAAUGCGUAACUCUUCAAUUAUUGAAACCCCAAGAUUGUAAGAAGUAUCUUACUACGGGAUUACAUUAUUAUAUGUUCUGCGCGUGGUAUAGACGAGGAGGUAAAGACGCCUGUCUAGGAGAUUCGGGAGGACCAAUGAUAUGUGAUGGAACGCAAAUCGGAAUAGUGUCUCAAGGAUAUGGAUGCGCCCUACCAGAGAAACCUGGGGUUUACACGAGAGUUGAUGUUUUGAUGGAUUUUAUUGGGAGUGUAUUAAAUGUUGAAGCAAGAAGCAUCAAUAAUGGGGUUAAUAAUAUCAGAUCCAUCAGUAUUUUUCAUUUAUUGAUAGGUAUUCUUAUUUUAUCGAAAACACUGAAAUCGUAAUCGAAAUCAGAGGGAGUUAAUUCUGAAUAAAUUUUACCAUGUUUCGUGCUGUAUUUGAUGAUGAAAUUACAACACACUUAAAUUAAGAAUAUUCUAAUGUGUUCAUUUAUAAUAAUAAUAAUGUAUAUUUAUCCUUCGAACCACAUAUUUACAAUGAAAUACAUUCAUUAUAUGACCUUUCA